CUUUGGCAUGAACGAUCUUUUUGUGUCGAAGAACGAAUUUCCUAGUUCGGACAGCGAAUCAUUUACUACAUGUCACCCAGGUUACAUGUAUUUUUUUAUGAUCACAUAUCUGCACUGUCUCAACAAGCAAAUAGAGGCAAAACUAGAAAGUAUUGUAGGAACGAAUUGGAAAGCCAACAACAUUUGGUAUGGCGUCUCUAUUGAUAAAAAGCUAUUGGAUACUGUGUUCGGCUCAAUAAAGAAAUUGGAAAAAUUGUUCUUUGCAAGCGGAAUAAUAAAGAAGGACGACGACCUUCGAAAAGCAAAAUUCUGCACCUGUGGUGAAGAAAUUCUACCAGCUGUCCAACACAAGUAUCAGGAUUUGGACUUUAGGUUGAAAUCAUACUUUGUUGUUGCACAGGUAUCUUCAAAGCAUAUUCAACUCAGUUUGCAUCAAGUGGUCAAACUGGCAUCACCCGGAGAAGAUCCAGCGUCCAUCAUUAUUCAGGAUGAAAUGAUACAUAUCGAUGAUGUAUAUGACACACUUUGCAAAAGUAUUAUGAAGAGCCUACAAGUCAAUUGUCAAGUUGACUAUUGUACCACGCACAAGAGUCAAGAAGAUACACAAUAUGAUUUCCAAUCAUUUGAGAUAUUUAGCAAUAUCUAUCGAAAUUUAAAACCAUGCGUUGUUGAACUUUUGGAAAAAAACAAAUCAAAUUUGGACAUGGAUUCCAAAAUACAGCUGAAUAUCAACACGAAAUGUGGUUGCAGUAUAAACAUAUUUCUUCGUGAUAUUAUUGAAGUAGGCCUUAUGUCAGUGAUAGAAGGUAUAACAACAUAUAUAUUGGCUUCUUUGACCAACAAAAAGUUAUUUGGAAACUAUGUACCGAAUUAUAUUUUUGUGUUCGGAGAUCCGUUCAAUCUGGCGCAGGGUUCAAAGAUCCACAAAACAUACAGCAUGCUUAUGCAAAAAGCGAUUGAUGACGGCGUAUAUAUUAAACAAAAAGAUACAAAGACAUUUGUACUAAGAGAAUCAUUUUUCCAAUUACCGGAGACGUUUUUAUCUGGAAAAAAGCCUUACAUGUCAGAGAGGUUUGUCACCGGAACUUUGUGCCAAGUAUCAAGCAAUACAUACGGGAUGAAGAUUUCAGGGUAUACCCGUUCGAUCCCUUUCACCCGAAUAAACAGUGAUGGUGAUAUUAAAAAUAGUAUUGGGAGAGAUGGUAGUUACUUGGUAUUUAUUCAGAAAGGGAAGCCAGUUCCAACAAAAGGGCUUAUAAUUCAAAUCAAUGAGCCUAAAGAUAUCAAUUUAGAAAUUCUUCGAUUAGAAAGUUCAACCAGUACUGUUCUGGACAAGUAUACUCUAUUGCACGGCAUCACUCCUGGUAAUACUUAUCAAUUAAGGUCCAAUGAAUUGUUAUAUUAUGGUAUUGGAACAUAUGUGGUAGAAUGUGGGCAGAUUAGCAAUCAUUUAUCUAUCAAACUAUCAAGAGGAUGUAUGGGCGAUAUUGAUGACUAUAUUGAUCAACCUUAUUACGAAACCCUAAAUAUCCUCGAGCCAUUGACACUUGCUUAUAUUUAA